AUGGCUGCCAACACCUUUGUUGGGUCAGUCAUCUUCCGGAAGAACGUACGCAAUUUCGCCGCCCUGAGGUACUCUGGGUCUGUUGACAUACUUCUUACACAGGGUAGCCGUCUUUUGUUGACUAAGAGUAAGAGAGUGCUUUUGGCGGCCUUUGGUGCGUGUGCUCCUCUGUUCCUCGUUUACAAGGGCUCCUUCUGUGAUGUUCACGAAAGCAUCAUGGAGCAGGCUCACCACUGGGCUACUUUUAUAUUUCUAGAAGUUUGA